AUGGAGGAAACAAAUUCAACCAGUGUAGAGUUCGGAAUGGAGGAAACAAAUUCAACUAGUGUAAAUGCUCCUAAACCACUUAUGGGAAUGAAGUUUAAUAGUUAUGAAGAAGCUUAUAACUAUUAUAACUCAUAUGCAUUGUUGAUGGGUUUUGGAAUAAGAAAGAGCAUGGUGAAUUACUCUCGCAAGACUAGAGAAGUGGUAGACAGAAAGUUUGUUUGUAAUAAGGAGGGCUAUAAAUCUAAUAAAGACAAGAUGGAGAUUCAUCUUCGGCGAGAGACCCGGGUGGGAUGUAAAGCAAUGAUGCGAGUGAAAAUAUUGGAGGACAAAUCGUGGGAGGUCACAGAGUUUGUUGAAGAACAUACAAAUCAUGUGUUGAGUAGUCCAGACAAAGCAAAAAUGCACAGAUCACAUCAACAAUUCCAUAAAACCCAAAGAUGUAAAAAACUUAUUGAUAGUCUGCGAGAAGAAGGUAUGCCUCCUUCCACUAUUUCUCGCGUCAUCAAUGCAACUAAUGGAAGAGAAAGUGAAUUAGUGACAUCACAACAAUGUAUUGAUCAUAUCAGAACCCAAAGAGUCAACAAUAUUGGUCAUGAAUGCAUAUCUAUCAUUCGACAUUUUCAGAGUGCGACAGCGAAUGAUCCAGAAUUUUAUUUUGCAAUAGAAGUAGACAGUAGUGGACAAAUAAGGAGUGUUUUCUGGGCCGAUGGAAGAUCAAGAGCAUCUUAUUUGAAAUUCAGUGAUGUUAUUGUGUUUGAUGUGACAUACAGAACUAAUAAGUUCAGUCUUCCAUUUGCUCCAUUUACUGGUGUAAAUCAACAUAGGCAGUCCACUUUACUUGGUUUUCCAUUUGCUCCAUUUACUGGUGUAAAUCAACAUAGGCAGUCCACUUUACUUGGUUGUGCAUUAUUAGCUGAUGAACAGGAAGAUACAUUUGUUUGGUUAUUUGAAGAAUGGCUGAAAUGCAUGCAUGGUAUUGAACCAGGUGCUAUUAUAACAGAUCAGGAUAGAGCAAUGUGUAACGCUAUUCACUCAGUGUUUCCAACGACAAGACACCGUUAUUGCUAUUGGCACAUGCAAAAGCAUAUUAUUAAUCAUUUGCCUACUUUGGUAUCUCGUUAUGGUGAACAGUUUCAAAGGUAUUGGGGCUUGUGGUGCAAUAGUUCUUCAAUUGAACAAUGUGAAGGAUAUUGGGUUGAGAUAAAAGAGAAGUUUGAUAUAAAUGAAGAAGGGGAGGGAUGGUUGCAAACAGUUUACAACUGCAGAGAACACUGGGUUUCGUGUUAUCUGAAGGACACUUUUUUUGCUGGAAUGAGAUCGAGCCAAAGGAGUGAAAGUAUUAAUGCAUUUUUUGAUGGGUAUGUUAACUCACAGACUCAAUUACACGAGUUUGUGACAUAA